AUGGUGGGAGGCAACCCAAACUCGGACCUUUUGGCCAACCUAGACACCCGACUCAUUACUGAGUCACAGCAGUAUGCAGCCGUUUUCAGUGAGAAAGCUCUGAUAAAAUCACUGUACACAUUUGCACUACAGUAUCCUGCUGACUUGCUUGCUUGCUCACAAUGCCAUAGAAACUGGGUUCCUGAGUGCAGUGGAGGCUCAUUCUGCUCAGGAGCAAGCGAGGGAGAGGAUCGGGAGGAGAGAGCAAGAGGGGGGGGAGGAAGACAAAAAAGAGACACAGAGAGGAAAAAAGAGAGAGGGAGAAGUGAGAGAGAGAGAGCUCAAGAGAGGAAAAGUGAGGGAUCUACUGUCACUGACGCUUCUUUUGGCCUCCUCCUCGGUGUGUUUGUGGUCUGCGGCCUGGCUCUGCUGGGCCUUCUUACAUUUGUCUCCUGGAAGCUGUGCCGUGCGCCUUGGCGAGCUAAGGCCCACUUCCCCGGUCCAUCCCUCGCCCCGGCCUGUGACCCAGAGGACUGCCCGCUCCAGCCGCCUCUCCUUCUGCCCAGCCCCCAGCAGCCAGCGGUCACCAUGGCGACAGAGAAGGUGAAGGACCCCCUGGGUUCGAUGGGUUUCCUGGAGGCGGCGGUAAAGAUAAGCCAUACAUCUCCUGACAUCCCCGCCGAGGUGCAGCUCUCCAUGAGGGAGCACUUCUUGCGUCGCACACAACGCAUGCAGAGGCAGGCCACUGAGCCGGCUUCCUCCACUCGGCACAACUCAUUCAAGAGACACCUGCCCAGGCAGAUGCAGGUAGGCAGUCUAGACCUGGGAAACGACUACCAGGUGGACAACGACGAAAAGCCGACCGGCAUCGGCCGCAUCCAGCCAGAGCUCUACCAACAAAAGGCCCUGGAAUCAGAGGAUUCGUCCAAGAACGGCAGCAGCAAAAACUGUGGCAGGAUUAACAUCUCUCUCAAGUACGACUACGAAAACGAGGCCCUCAUGGUCAACAUCCUCAAGGCAUCAGACCUACCUGCCAAGGACUUGUGCGGCACAUCUGACCCUUACGUGAAGGUCUACCUGUUGCCAGACCGCAAGAAGUUCCAAACUCGCGUCCACCGGAAGACGCUCAACCCCACAUUCAACGAGAGCUUCCAGUUUCCUGUGCCUUACGAUGAGCUGCCAGUCAGGAAGCUCCACAUGAGUGUCUUUGACUUUGACCGGUUUUCAAGGCACGAUAUGAUCGGGGAGGUGGUGCUGGAAAACUUGUUUGAGAUGUCAGACCUCUCCAGGGAGACGGACAUAUGGAGGGACAUCCAAUAUGCCACCACUGAAAGCGUUGACCUUGGGGAGAUCAUGUUCUCACUAUGCUACCUGCCCACCGCAGGCAGACUCACACUAACUGUCAUCAAGUGCAGGAACCUCAAGGCCAUGGACAUCACUGGCUACUCAGAUCCCUACGUCAAAGUGUCGCUCAUAUGUGACGGGAGACGUUUGAAAAAGAAGAAGACGAGCAUAAAGAAGAACACUCUGAAUCCCACCUACAACGAGGCCAUCAUCUUUGACAUCCCGCCAGACAGUAUGGACCACGUCAGCCUGCACAUCUCCGUCAUGGACUACGACUUGGUAGGUCAUAAUGAGAUCAUUGGUGUGAUGAGGGUUGGCUGCCAUGCAGAGGGACUUGGCAGAGACCACUGGAACGAAAUGCUGGCUUAUCCACGCAAGCCCAUUGCACACUGGCACCCCCUGCUGGAGUCCAAGAAGUCUGAGAAGGAGUGGAAGGCGAGGACAGCCAGCUUUGACAGCCAAGGCUCCUGCCCCUCACCCAGGCCCCCUGCUAGUCCCUGAGCAGAGCCACCUGUGACCCAGCAGCCCAGAAGGGGGUUUCCUCCCUCCUGCUGAUCCACUUCCUGUCUGUCUGAUUGAGGAGAAACACAACCCCACUGUCACUCCCUCUCUCUCUCACCCUCUCUCUCUCUGUCCCUCCCUUCCUCAAGUCUAGUCCCAGAGCACUACCAAGAACUGAUCUAGGAUGACAAGUCAAGUCAGUUAGUUGUGUGAAGCGCAGUCUUUUCGGGUUUUAGGGUUUGAAAUGUGGGUGUUGUGAUGACCCAGAGCUGCCGUCGUUUUCCUCAGAAGAGAUUGGCUGGACAUCCAGUCUGCAGACAUUUAAUAUCGAGCUGUCCGAGCUGAGGUGAACGAAUGUUGGUGUCCUCACAUGGAGACUUUCCAGACGCUGAAGAUUCAGCUGUGUGCUGCAGAGACGCUUUGAUAGAAAAACUUGGAUAUCGGAUAUUGCUCCAUGAGAGUAGCGGAAGUUUCACAGCGGAGGACCCGUCCGGGGGUAGAAAUAGAGACUUAAAACUGGAUCUGAAGCAAUUUCAAAACUCUCCAGCUCUCUCUCAAAAACAAUACUGAACUGUAGCAUUUUGGAACUAUUAGAUGUAAAACCGCUCCAUUCGUCGUUAUUGUUUGUGAAUAGCAAAACUGAAAUGAAUUUCAAAGCUCCAGCUGAGUUCACUGUACUUCCAUCAAUAACAUAAGCAAUUAUCUGAUCCGCAGCUUAUUGAGGAGAGGUUGGAUCAGGCUGAAACUUAAAUAUUCUCAACUUGGCGAUUUGCAUCUUUAGUGUGUUUUCACAAGCAGCCAAGAUAAGACGUUUGAUGUGAAGAAGAAGGUAUAACAGGAUUAUUGGUAUUCAUUGGCUGCAGUGCUGUUACUAAUUUCAAUUCUAAAACAAUCUUUUUUCAAUUUCCGAUACCAAAAGUAGAAGGUUUAAAUUACCUAACAAAGGCACAAAUAGCUUAUUGAACAGAAUAACUAAAAACCAAACUAAAAGGAAAAACAAUGUUGACAGAAACAAGCUUUUUGGAGCUCUGGAGGUUUCUGGAAACAGGAAACUUGCGAGCACACUUUACACACCCUUACCUCCUUCUCUGUUUGAUGUUUGCUUUAGAGUGAUCUCACCCUUUUCUUCCAAAUGAAAACUCACACGACGUGUUUUCCUUCAGACAAACACUGUUCAAAAGCACUACUUUGUCUCCUCUUGUUCUUUUUUUCUGACCAGGUUUUGGUGGAUGUGUAUAGUUUCAUGUACAGCCGUCUGCCAGUUACUGUAUGUAUGUUUUGUUUUGCUAAACCAGAAAAUCUAUAAUUAAAGGUAAAGAUAAAAAAAAAAAAUACUGACAUUUUGAAUAUAUGUAGCUUUGUUGGUGGUGAUGAUUGAGAAAAACCUAAACUCUGAAAAAGAUGAACAUAUUCGUCUUUUGAACUUAGAAACAUGCAACUUUCUUGAUGUUUAUCCUGUCAUUAACCAUGCUGUUGUACAGGGAGAACGUGAGUUUGAGAUUGCCAUCCAGAUGUUUAAUCUGCAACAUGUGGUAAAUGGAUUAUUUCUGAAGAUGUUUGAUGUGAUUAAAGGAACAGUGUGUAACAUUUGGGGGGAUCUAUUGGCAAAAAUGGAAUAUUAUACUAAUAAGUAUGUUUUCUUUAGAGUAUAAUCACCGGAAAAUGUGAAUGGUUGUGAUUUUGUUAAGGCCCAGACACACCAAGUCGUCAUCAAAGAACUAGUGGUGAUGAAGGCCGACUUGGCCGAUAAGUUGCACUUGGACAGACCGCAAAAAGCAGAUGGCGGUAGUCUGUAUUUGUCAUUCAAAAAGGGAAACCGGAAGGCUGAGGACGGCGGAUAUACAAACUGUUGUUAUGAUACGUACAUGAAACAAAGCAGCGUUUGCUGACCAUUUUCACGCCACUCUUACUCACCACUUCAUUCAAGAUGUGUGCGCACUCUUGACUUUACUCGUUGGCUUGCUUUCCUCACUUCCGUUUCUCUUCUCAUGCACUGAUUCGUUUAAGCUGAACAGCCAAACAGAGUGAUUUCUCUCACCGACGGGCUCCGCUGCCUAUUCAAUAUGCUGAAUCGUCC